GUUCACUCAAAUCAAAUUACGGUACCUUUGUGCUUUAAUUCCCUUUGUCAAAAUGGAUAAGAAUCCGUUGCACAAUAAUUCAUCGAAUCCUCGGAUUGUCGUCGCGAAUAAGUCUAAAAAGCUAGACCGUUCUGGGACAGUGGACAUUGCUGAUACGCUCAUUUACACACACACUCUUAUGUAUGGAAAAUAUGCCGAGGAUUUGAGUGAAUACGCCAAGGACGAAUCGAAGAAGCUUAAGCUCUAUAAAAAACGCCAACGAGCCGAGGAUAAAUUAUGCGAACAGAGACGCUUGAAUUACAAUCGUACUUUGUUGUGUCGAGGAUUCUCCUGGCUCCUGGAUCACACUUUGUCACGUUUUGGUGAGGAAUGGAUCUUCCUGGCUCUGUUGGGUAUCAUAAUGGCGUUCAUAUCCUUCGGGGUGGACUUGGGUGUGAAUAUUUGUACGAAUUCUCGAAUUAUCCUCUAUCGAGAGAUUUUCAAUUCAUCGGUACUGCUUCAGUAUAUAGCCUGGAUUCUACCAACUAUCUGCUUGGUCCUUUUUGCAGCCGGAUUCACUCAUUUGGUGGCGCCUCAGGCUGUAGGUUCGGGAAUUCCUGAAAUGAAAACCAUUUUGCGUGGAGUUGUUCUCAAGGAGUACCUCACGUUUAAAACGUUCUUGGUCAAAGUUGUGGGUCUCACUGCGGCUCUAGGAAGUGGAAUUCCAAUUGGCAAGGAGGGUCCUUUUGUGCAUAUUGCGAGUAUAGUUGCAACUUUGCUGUCCAAGCUCAGAUUUCACAGGAUCUAUGAAAACAAGUCACGGUAUAGUGAGAUGCUUUCGGUGGCGUGUGCUGUCGGAAUUGGGGCCUGUUUUGCAGCUCCGAUUGGAGGAGUCCUGUUUAGUAUCGAAGCAACCACAACGUAUUUUGCCGUGCGAAAUUGCUGGCGUGGGUUCUUUUCGGCAUUUUGUGGAUCAUCCGUCUUUCUGCUGAUGGCAGUGUGGUUUCAAAAUGCUGACACAGUUAGGGCACUUUUUCUCACCAAUUUCACAUCGGAGUUCCCAUUCGCUCCACAGGAGCUUUUCGUCUAUUCUCUCAUGGGAGUAGUUUGUGGAUUCCUUGGGGCUGGUUAUGUGUGGCUCCAUCGAUGGUACGUGACAUUUAUCCGAACAAAUAAGACAAUCAACGAAUUCCUUCAGAAGAAUCGUUUCUUGUAUCCGACAAUUAUAGCAUUUGUUGUGGCAACAAUAUCCUUUCCUCUGGGAACGGGGCAGUUUUUUGGAGCAGAACUCAGUACUCAUGAACAACUCACUGAAUUAUUCAGCAACUUCACUUGGUCUGGCAAUGAUCCAACAGUUGGUCAAGCUGCCAUUAUUUCGCAUUGGAAGACCCCAGGAACCAGUAUUUUCCUGAACUUGGCCUGCUAUGUUCUCUUCACGUACGUUUUUUCAAUAAUUUGCUACACACUCCCGGUGCCGUCAGGAUCGUUCAUUCCAGUGUUCAAGAUUGGAGCUGGGUUUGGCCGACUGUUCGGAGAGCUGAUGCAUAUUAUAUUCCCACAAGGGGUCUGGUAUGGUGGGAUUUUAUCGUCGAUCAUUCCCGGAGGAUAUGCUGUUGUUGGAGCUGCAGCGUUUUCCAGUGCUGUCACCCACACUGUCUCCGAGGCAGUCAUCAUUUUCGAAAUCACUGGACAAGUGACUCAUGUUGUUCCGGUGAUGGUUGCAUCGCUCAUAGCCAAUGCCGUCGCUGAGAUGCUCCAACCCUCGAUGUAUGACAGCAUGAUCCUGAUUAAGAAGCUUCCCUAUCUGCCAGAUCUACUUCCAACAAGCUCUCGGAUGUACAGUACUUGGGUAGAGGAUUUCAUGCAACGAGAUGUUAAGUUCAUUUGGCCAGCGAUGAACUAUAAAGAGCUUAAAGGGUUAUUGGUGAAAAAUCAGCAUAUACGCAGUUGGCCUUUGGUCGACAACCCAGAUAACAUGAUUCUCUUAGGAGCAGUGCAGAGAUCAGAGUUGAUGGAAAUGGUCCAGAGGCAAAUCAGUAAAGAAAAACGUCUCAUAGUUGCACACGAUCGGUUUAAAAUGGCCGAAGAAAAGGCCUUGGAAAAUGAGCAGCUAGAAUACGAACAAAAACAUCAGCUAGAACGUCGGCGAUCAUCAAGGUUCGAGGUAACUCCAGCUCCAGAUAUACUCAAACUUGAAUUAGGUAUUGGAAAGAAGUCUACCGAAGAACUAAGCACUACCACUAUGGAGACACCUAAAUCGAUUUUGAAAAAGUCAACAUCAUUCACAUUAAAUCCAACUGCAGACUACAAGACAGACAAUGAAAGGCGUCUGCAGGAACUCUUCAAAAAAUCCAACUUCCUUCAAGACAUCGAAAAAGGCAUGCAUCGAUCUCAAAUCAGUGGUAGUCUCAAGAAAGUGCAUCAUUCACAUGACUCCCUCAUGGAUAUGACACCCGAAGAUCGCAAACUCUGGGAAUGUGAGGAAAUGGCUAGGGUAAUCGAUAUGGAACAACACAAUGUCCCUAUUGAUCCGUCACCUUUUCAACUAGUUGAAAGAACUUCUAUUAGUAAAGUUCAUACACUCUUCAAUAUGGUUGGUAUUAACCAUGCGUAUGUUACGAAAAUUGGGCGACUCGUAGGUGUGGUUGGUUUAGCUGAACUUCGAAAAGCUAUAGAGGAUAUCAAUAGCAACAGUUUUGUAAUGCAAUCAGAGGAGAAAUGUGUCGAAACGAAGCCAUUAAUGAAAAUAGAGAAAAAUGGGAAAAAUCCAAUAGUUUUGAUAAGUUCGUCCGAAAUCGGCACGGAUAGUGAAACAGAUUCGAAAACUCCAUUAAAUCCUUAAAUCAAAAGGGGAUUUUCAAUUUAUAUGUAGGUAUACAUUCCUGUGUUAUACAACAUGUCGGUAGAAUGGAAAACAAUAUUAUUUACUGUUAUUUUAUUUAUUAAGCCACCAAAACAAGUGAUAUUGAACAAAUAAUAAAAAAAAUGUGUAUUUGAGAUGAAACGAA